GUCUCAUUCAUUUCUGUGAGCUGAUAGAAUUAAGUGCACAAGUGUGAAAUAAUUAGUGAGUUAAUUAAAAAGUGGAUUUAGAAGUUUCCAAAGAGUUCUUGAAGUUUUAUAAUAUUUCUUGAAUUUCCACGUCAAUCAUAUAAUACAGCAAGAAUAACUUUUAUUUAUUUCCUAAUAUUAAUCGAAGAGUUCAACCGUGAAGUUUCAAAAUCAAUGUUGAUCUUGAUUUCUCUUACAUGUGCGCCAAUGUCAGAAGAAUAAAUCAAAAUUUCAGUUCAUCAUUUGCAGUCGAAGUGUAAAGAACUAAAUUUUAGGGAAGAGAAUUAAUAAGUUAUAUCGAUAAAAUGGAGUGCUUUAAUCAACCGUGUACUAACUCAACUACGGGCCUAAAUCAAUAUCUGUCUCUUGUACUAAACUAUCUAGCAUUGUCGCAAUGUUCUAUUUCGCCUCCCGAUAUAUGGCCUGUAGAUUAUGGAGAAAUCGCUUUGGAAAAAGGAUUUGACGAAUAUGAUUUUAUAAUCGUUGGUGCUGGCUCAGCUGGUUCAGUUCUUGCUAAUCGUCUCAGUGAGAACCCUGAUUGGAAGAUUCUACUCCUAGAAGCUGGGGGUGAUCCACCACCAGAAGCUGCUAUUCCAGGCCUUUGGGGUGAUCUACAAAUGACUGAAUAUGAUUGGCAAUAUGACGUUGAACUAGCGUACAACUCCAGUAUUGUACGAGGUUAUUGGGCCAGAGGAAAGAUGUUGGGAGGGUCCUCAUCAAUAAAUGGAAUGCUGUACAUCAGAGGCACAGCUGAAGAUUACAAUCAUUGGGAAGAAUUAGGUAAUCCAAAUUGGGAUUGGCAGAAUGUUCUACAGUAUUUCAAGAAAUCUGAAGCAAAUCAAAAUCGAAGGAUUAACUUUUACGGAUACUAUCAUGGAAAGGAUGGACCAAUGUCCGUGGAGUACUUUAACAGUGACUUACCAAUUAAUAGGGAGCUUAUCCAAGCAGCAGAUGAACUAGGAUAUGAAUUUCUCUACGAUUUAAAUGCCAAUGAACAAGUAGGAUUCGGUUAUACUCAAGGAACUACACGAGGAGGAGUGAGAGAAAGUACGGCAACGGCUUUUCUAGUUCCUGCUAAGGAACGACCUAAUCUUCACAUAACUAAACACGCUCAUGUCACAAAAUUAGAAAUGAAUGAUGACGGAGAAGUUUCCGGAGUUAAGAUGAUUCUUCGUGGGGAUCAUGACUUAAAAGCUUAUGCUAAAAAUGAAGUAAUUCUCAGUGCAGGAGCUCUCAAUUCUCCACAGAUUCUCAUGCUCUCUGGAAUUGGUCCAGCAGAUCAUCUUAAGGAAUUCGAAAUUCCAGUUAUUAAGGAUCUACCAGUUGGUCAAAAUUUCCAUGAUCAUCCUGCAAUAUUACUAUUCUUAACACUCGAUGCAACAAGAGACACCACAGAAAAAUCUUUCGAAACUGCACAAAAUUAUGUACAGUACUUAACUCAACGUAGGGGACCUUUUACAACGAUCGGAUCCUUACAAACUGUUGGACGUGUCAAUAUUCAUGAUCCAUUUGCUUUAUAUCCAAAUUUUCAAUUUCAUUUUGGGGAAUUCCAAAAGGGUCAUUCAGAAGAUUUGCGUACCACAUUGACACAAAACGGAAUGAAAGAACCACUAAUCGAAUUCUUAGCUUCUAAAAUUGAGACGUCUGAUGUACUUAUGGUGUAUGUAACGUACUUUGAAGAGAAAUCAAGAGGAGAAAUUCUACUUCGUAGUACAGAUCCCUUGGAUAAGCCACGUAUUAUCCCCAACUUCUUAUCUUGGCAUGAAGACACUGAAGCCUUCAUUGAAGCCAUUCAAUGGUACCUCAGUUUCUUAAAUACUAAAGCUUUUAAGAGGCGCAAUGCUGAAUUGUUGGAUAUUCCUAUAGAAGAAUGUAGUUCGUUGGAAUUUAAGAGCUACGAUUAUUGGGAGUGCUAUUGCCGAGCAAUUGUAGGAACUACAGUGUACCAUACAACAGGAACUACAAGGAUGGGCUCUCAAUCUGAUCCAGAUGCUGUUGUUGAUCCGAAGCUUAGAGUUAAAGGAACUAAGGGUUUAAGGGUAAUUGAUGCAGGUAUCAUGCCUUUAACUCCUAGAGCUAAUACAAAUUCCCCUUCAAUUAUGAUUGGAGAGAAAGGGGCUGAUAUUGUAAAGAAACAUUAUGGCUUCAUAGAUGAAGUAGAAUAAUAAGUUAAAUGAAUGACUAAUAUUAGUUAGAAAAAAUUAACUAUUUUUGACAAUAAAAACUUUAUGUAUUUUGUGCGUUGAAUAAAAUAAAAUAUAUCUUUAGAGCAGAAAAA